AAACCGCAGCCUUAAGUGCCAAGCCAGACCUGCCCUGGCAGGGACCCAUUUGCUCCUGAGAGCUUAUGGCUGCCGAGUCACAGCCAGAGGUGCCCCUGGCGGUAAGGCUCCCAUCCACGGAGAAGCCUCUCACGGUCCUGCAUGUGAGCCUGUACCACCCCACGCAGGACCCAGACACCUUUGCCAACGUCCCACCGAAGCUGCAGCAUGACACCAACCCGCUGCUGGUGGGGCGGGGCCCCGACGCCCACCUCCAGCUGCGGCUCCCGUGCCUCUCCCGCAGACACCUGUCGCUGGAGCCCUACCGGGAGAAGGGUGGCACUCCCCUGGCCUUCUGCCUGAAGGCCCUGAGCCGCAAAGGCUGUGUGUGGGUCAACGGGCUGACUCUGAGGUUCCUGGAGCAGGUUCCACUGAGCGUGGUCAACAGGGUUGCCUUCUCCGGCAUCCAGAUGGUGGUCCGCAUAGAGCGAGGCACCUCCCUGGAGGCCUUUGUCUGCUGCUUCCAUCUCAGCUCCUCGCCCCUGAUUCACAGGCCCCAGGCUGAGGAGACUGAUGAAUGGGAAAGCAAACCCCAGGAGCAGCCGCCCCCAAGUUCGGGGCAGCGAGCUCCAGAUCACCCGGGGCUUCUCCACGGCCCUUCCCAUCCAAGCCCUGGAGGAGGAACAGAAACACAGCUCCAGAAGGAGCCCUCAGAAAGUAUGCUCUGCUAGCCCCAGCGGCCCAGAGCAAGGCUUACCUGAAAUAGAACUUGAACUGUUGUAGCUACAUCAUGUGAGGCUGACAAGCAAGAUGGGCCUGGUAAUAAUGAACAGAUUCUGCAAACGCGAACAGCCUGGGCUGGGGGAGCACCCUCCAUGGUUACAGCUACGUAAAGGAACGGGAACUUCGCAUACGUUAGAGGCCCUGAGGGCUUCUGAGAGCCUCUCUCAGCCUUUCCCCACAUUUCCCCCGGCCUGUCUGCCUAGGAGUUACUUUAUGUGGCUAAUUUCGUGAGCCGCUUAAGAGCUGGAGUCUGAGGUUGCACGAGGAAUGCAUGGACACAUGUACCAAUUACGUUCGUGGUAGCUCGGGGUUACCUUGGGCUUUCUAAUACCCACAGGCACUCAGGGCUUAGGGAAGCCUGUGUUUAAUAAACUGUAAGUAUUUCAUUAAGCUGGCAUGCCCAGUAGGAUUCCCUGAUCGCCAGACGGGGUGCGUGCACGCCACGUUGUCACGCAGAGGCAGGGGCGGGAAAUACAGAAGAGGUGUAAGAGGAAAUUGGAAAGGUGGGGGCUCACAUUUCUGGAAAGGAUGUGGGCAGAGCUCAGCGUUUCCUGGGGGCGGGGAGCUGGGGGCUGGGCCUGCCGGGAAAGUCACUGUCACACGGUCAUCCUCACACUCCCUCCCUCUGUUAUUUCUGGAUCAAAGCCUUGGCUGAUGGGAGGGCAAGAUCUCCAGGGAAAGGUGGCUUCCCAGAGCAGAGAAAUCUUUCAGGACUAAGUCCGUGAGGGUGGGGGGAAGAGGUUGUGGUAAAAUUCAGCUCAACGGUAAUUUUACUCAAAGUGGGUCAUAUACCAAUGGGGGUGGGGUGGUCUUUCCAAUAUAAGGAACUAGUUAGUAAGCCAUGCAGGUUAAGGGUGGGACAACUUCUCAGUGAACAGAGGGGCUGAACACAAGUACCUACUCUCCACAUCAUCUCCAUUCCAACUCCCCAGGGGGGGGCUUGCAAGCAUCAUUGAGAAACAAUGUUCACCCGUGCGGUGAAGGGAGGGACCUACAAACUCAGAUGGCCAUCAUCAUCUUAGACCAUGCUCUAGGAUAUUGGAGACACUGAGCCUGGCAAGAAGAUUCAGCUGGUCUGCCAGGCACUCCCUGAGCAUCCUCUCCAUGGGGAAGACAGCAGUGGGCAGGAACCAGGCCUGUCCUGGCUUGGGAAGCUUCCCUUCUAAUGGAGAAUAGGACAAGUACACUCAGAUUACAGCAAAAGGCAGAGGAGGGCAAGGGCUGUAAGAAGAAGGGGCUGUCCAAUGCUUGAAUGGCAUGUGGGGGCCCCCCAAACAGUCCUUCACUCAGUUAUUCAACAAACUUUCACCAGAUGCUAUGCAAAGCCUCAGGAACCCGCAGUGAACUAGGGUGACAAAGUCCCUGCCCCCAGAGAGUUUACCUGGGCUCAUGAAAGACACCUGUUGAGGAACUAAUCACUGAAUUAUUUGAUCAUCCCUGUUCUUGGUGCUAUAAACAUUGUGUUUUCUCUCUCUUCGGGCUGGUGUUAACAUUAGUUCUACCAUUAAGUGGCCGUGUCUGGUGAGUGCUUACGUGUGCUUAGCCCUCUGCUAGGAGCUAUGUGCCUUGCCCAGCUGAAUCCUCAAAACACUCAGAGGGACAGUGGUGUUAACACAUUGUACACCUGGGGAAAUUGAGGCUUAGAAAAGGUAUCUUGCCCAAUAUCAUGCCACUUACUGGCUGUGUGAUGUUGGGCCAGGGACUUAGCCUGCUCUUGGUCUCCAUUUCUCCCUCCGGCAAGUGGGUAAGAUAACAGUCACCAUUCACUGGUGAUGUUAUGACGGUCUUAGGAGCUCAUAGUGAAGCAUCUGUCACAUAGUAGGCACUCAGGAAGGGUUAGACACCAUCAUGAAACCUGACAGAGGGAACGUGAUGGGUCCGUACCCAAGGGCUCACCUGCAGUCUGUGAUUUCCUGAUAAAGGAUUUUGUCUUUGCUGCAGGCCUGGUGGGCAGUCAGGAGGGGGCUUGAACCUGUUCCUUGCACCAGAAGGCCCGAUAUUUAGAGUUUGUUGGAUGGGAGACACACGGUCGGGGCUGGCAAGCAGAAGCCGUGUGCUGGGCCGUCUGAUGAAGCCCACUGUUUUGGAGCUGCCUUUGUAUUUCACGCACGGGUUCAAAAUGCAGCGAUGAUCCCUCCGGAGACCAAAACGUUCGCCAAACUGUGUAUAAGGGAGCAGAUACAGAACAUACAGAGCAGGGAAGCCACAACCUGGAGACCACACCUGAAUUUCAAAGGCAGAAAAGAGGAAGCUGGCUGGUGGCACGCUACCCCAGAGUCCCAGGGAGCAGCUCCCCUGCUCCAGCACGAAACUCUACCACUCAAGGGGUCCCCUCCCCCCCGGAAGAAAGUAAACCCUAGUCGCGGGGGGUCUAUGAGAGGAACCGAGUUACCUCCCCCAUGAGGAGUGGGAGAUUCAGAGGGAAGUGUCUGGGAGUCCCUCCGGGCCCGGGGAUGAAGUGUGCAGCAGACUGAAGGAUGCCUGCCAGACACCAGGCAGGAGGGGGCCCAGACACGUCCGGCUCGUUGUUUCGGACUCUGCUGAUUCACAAACUCUCCUUGGAAAACUCACCGCUUGCCUCCUACCAGGUUUCAGGGCAGCAAAGCUCCGCUCUGUGCUAGAUUCCAUCUUUCUUGACCAGAGAACCAUUUAAAUCACCGGGUCCCUGCACCCACCCGCAUUUGCACACUUGGCCUGCACAGGCAGCCUGAGCAGGUUGGAAAGACCCUCCCAGAAACCUCCUCUGCAUUCUCUCAGCUCCCACACACAGGGCAGUGCACGGAGGCGAGGGGGUGCACGUGCACGCGCGGACACAGGCUACGCCCACCCGCUGGGGCGGCUCCAAGCCGGGGCUCUGCAAUCGGGUGCUGUCUGGGUUGG